AUGAUGGUGCAAGCACAACUGCACUGCUUAUAUUUCCUUACACUUUAUUUGACAACUGGGUAUGGCCAAGAAGGGAGGUUUAGUGGACCCCUGAAACCCAUGACAUUUUCUAUUUUUGAAGGCCAAGAAGCAAGUCAAAUCAUAUUCCAGUUUAAGGCCAGUUCUCCUGCAGUGACUUUCAAACUAACUGGGGAAACAGACGGAAUAUUUCAGAUACAACCAGAUGGACUUCUGUAUCAUAACAGAUCUCUGGACAGGGAAACAAGAGCUGUUCACAAACUCCAGGUCUCAGCCCUGGAUGUUCAUGGAACUAUAGUGGAAGGCCCAGUCCCCAUCACCAUAGAAGUGAAAGAUAUCAAUGACAAUCGACCCACAUUUCUCCAGUCAAAGUACGAAGGCUCAGUAAGGCAAAAUUCUCGCCCAGGAAAGCCCUUCAUGUUUGUCAAUGCUACAGACCUGGAUGAUCCAGCCACUCCCAAUGGCCAGCUUAUUUAUCAAAUUAUCAUUCAGCUUCCUAAGAUCAACAAUGUCAUGUACUUUCAGAUCAACAACAAAACAGGAGCAAUUUCACUUACCCCAGAAGGAUCUCAGGAAUUGGAUCCAAUUAAGAAUACUUUCUAUAAUCUGGUGGUCUCAGUGAAGGAUAUGGGAGGCCAGAAUGAGAAUUCUCUCAGUGACAGCACAUCUGUGGAUAUUACAGUGAAGGAGAAUAUUUGGAAAGCGCCAGAACCUGUGGAGAUUAUAGAAAACUCAACUGAUCCUCAUCCCAUCAAAAUCACUCAGGUGCGGUGGAAUGAGCCAGGUGCACAUUAUUUCUUAAUUGAAAAGGAGAAGCUGCCAAGAUUCCCAUUUUCAAUUGACCAGAAAGGAGAUAUUUAUGUGACUCAGCCCUUGGACCGAGAAGAAAAAGAUUCAUAUGUUUUUCAUGUGGUUGCAAAGGAUGAUCUUGGAAUACCACUUGCAUUCCCACUGAAAAUUCAUGUGAAAGUUAAAGACAUUAAUGAUAAUCCACCUACGUGUCCAUCUACAGUGACUGUAUUUGAGGUCCAGGAGAAUGAAAAAAUAGGGAGCAAAAUUGGGACUCUUAUUGCCAAUGACACAGAUGAAGCAAACACUAUCAACAGUUUUUUAGAAUACAGAAUUGUGGAUCAAGCCCCCAAGUCUCCCACAGAAGGACUCUUCCUGGUCCAAGCCUACACAGGGGUGUUCCAGUUAGCCAUGCAGUCCUUGAAGAAGCAAGACAUUCCUCAGUACCAUUUGACAGUAGAGGUGUCUGACAAAGAUUUCAAGACCCUCUGUCAUGUGCAAGUCAACGUUAUUGAUAUAAAUGAUCAGAUUCCUGUCUUUGAAAAAUCAGAUUAUGGAAACCUAACUCUCUCUGAAGACGCAGUUGUUGGGUCUGUCAUCUUAACCAUCCAGGCCACUGAUGAUGAUGAGCCAUUUACUGGGAGUUCUAAAAUCCUGUAUCGUAUUAUACAGGGAGACAAUGAAGGGCGACUAGGGAUUGAGACAGAUCCCCAAACCAAUGCUGGAUAUGUCAUGAUUAAAAAGCCUCUUGAUUUUGAAACAGCAUUCAUUCACAACAUUUUGUUCCAUGCGGAAAAUCCUGAGCCUCUGGUGCCUGGUGUAGAGUAUGAUGCCAGAUCUUUUGCCACGUUCAGUCUUUUUGUAACAAAUGUGGAUGAAGCACCCCAAUUUUCCCAACAAGUAUUCCAAGCAAAAGUCAGUGAAGGUGUGGCUGUAGGCACAAAAGUGGGCAACGUGACUGCCAAAGAUCCGGAAGGUCUGGAUAUAAGUUAUUCACUGAGAGGUGACACGAGAGGUUGGCUUAAAAUUGACCCUGUCACUGGAGAGAUAUUUAGUGUGGCUCCGCUGGACAGGGAAGCUGAAAGUCUGUAUCGGGUACAAGUGGUGGCAACUGAAGUAGGUGGAUCCUCCAUGAGCUCCACAGCGAAUUUCCACCUGACUCUUACUGAUGUGAAUGACAAUCCCCCAAAGCUAGUUAAGGAGUACACAGGCUUAUUCUUCUGCUAUCCCCUCAGAAAACCUGGAAGUGUCAUUUUCGAGGCCACCGAUGAUGAUCAGCAGUCAUUUCGAGGUCUCCAAUUUACAUUUUCCCUUAGCAGUGAAAGCUUACAAAAAGACUGGGAAGUUUCCAAAAUCAAUGGAACUCAUGCCAGACUUUCCACCAAGCACACAGGCUUUGAGGAGAGAGUUUAUAAUAUCCCAGUUCACAUCAAUGAUGGUGGUCGGCCACCCAUGGAAGGGACUGUUUUUUUACCAGUUACUUUCUGCACUUGUGUGGAAGAACGGUGCUUCCAGCCAGCAGGGCGCCAGCCUGGGAUGCCCACUGUGGGCAUGACAGUUGGCAUACUCCUGGCUACGUUUUUGGUCAUUGGUAUAAUUUUAGCAGCUGUGUUUAUCCAAAUGAAGAAUAAAGACAAAGAUAAUGUCAAAAGUGCUCAGGCCUCUGAAGUCAAACCCCUGAGAAACUGA